UACAAACGCAGUAAUUGCUGUAGGUUUUUGGUGUACGAACAAAAAUAAUCCAGCCAAGCAAGAUAAUCUAGAAACGGUUGAACACAAUAUGGUCAAUUCUUGGAAUUCGUCCUACGUAUUUGGAAAUGACACCGAAAGCGGCUGGGGCGAAAGAUAUUUUUUCACCUUCUAUAGUUCAUUUGGAGAACGGAUGAUUGCCGCUGUUGUUACUGAAGUGACUGCACUUUCGAUAAUAUUUAUUGUGUCAGUUUUCGCAAAUGUGUCUAUUGCCAUUUGUGUUUUCAGGUUUCCGGACAUGAGAACCGUGACCAAUUGUUUCGUUUUAAACCUGGCAGCUGCAGAUUUAUUGUUCGCUCUGUCGAUUCCUGCUGUAGCGUAUACAAGAAUUGUACCGUCUUGGAUUCUGGGUGAUAUUGCCUGCAGAUUUACACCCUACAUUCAGGUAAUAAAAAUCAAGAUAGAGUUACAUUAA